AUGGCUCAGAGAGGAGUCCAGCAGGAGAAAAUCUCUUGUUCCAUCUGUUUGGAUCUACUGAAGGAUCCGGUGACUAUUCCUUGUGGACACAGUUACUGUAUGAACUGUAUUAAAGACUGCUGGGAUGGAGAAGAUCAGAUGGGAAUUUACAACUGUCCUCAAUGCAGGAAAACCUACAGCGAGAGACCUGUCCUCAAAAAAAACAUCAUGCUAGCAGAGUUGGUGGAAGAUUUGAAGAAGACUGGACUAAAAGCUGCUCCAGCUGAUCACUGCUAUGCUGGACCUGAUGAUGUGGCCUGUGAUGUCUGCACUGGGAGGAAGAUGAAAGCUGUCAAAUCCUGCUUAACGUGUUCAGCUUCUUACUGUGGGGAUCACCUCCAACCUCACUAUUAUACUCCACCAUUAAAAAUGCACAAGCUGGUGAAUCCAUCCCAGAAGCUGCAGGAGAGUAUCUGCUCUUGUCAUAAUAGGGUGUUGGAGAUCUUCUGUCGUACUGAUCAGCAGUGUAUCUGUUAUCUCUGCACUAUGGAUGAACAUAAAGACCAUGAAACAGUCCCAGCUGCAGCAGAAAGAGCUGAGAAGCAGAAGGAGCUCCAGGAGAGUCGACAACGAAUCCAUCAGAGAAUCCAGGACCAAGAGAAAGAUGUGAAGCUGCUUCAACAGGAGGUGGAGGCCAUCAAUGUCUCUGCUGAUAAAGCAGUGGAGGACAGUGAGAAGAUCUUCACUGAGCUGAUCUGUCUCCUCCAGGAAAGAAGCUCUGAUGUGAAGCAGCAGAUCAGAUCCCAGCAGGAAACUGAAGUGAGUCGAGUCAAAGAUGUUCAGGAGAAGCUGGAGCAGGAGAUCACUGAGCUGAAGAGGAAAGACGCUGAGCUGGAGCAGCUCUCACACACAGAG